UUUCGAAUUCGAGAGCAGCGAUCGAAAGUAGCACCGUGAGCUAACAGUUUCCCCCUCGACCGUUCGCCGCCGUUAAAACCUCAAUGCCUCCGACAAACACACACCCAGCGACGAGUACAAACACCGAGGGGCGUCUCCGGACACACACCUAAUGGGGAGCGGCACGGCGACCAACCAACACCCCCGAAACCCUCCGCGUCCGCAACGGUUGCUAACCGCGUUGCUAACGGCGAGCUAACGGCGCUAGGUGGCUAACAUCCGCUCCCGCACAGCAGAAACCAGGAAGGACGGAGCAGACGAGCAGACGAGCAGACCAGCUUUGGCCCUCAAAAGGUCGCUGCACUUCUGCGGACAUUAAUCCACAACAACUAAAUAUACACAAGGAACCUCGUGCUUGUCUGCGUGAAAACGAGGAACAGUUCGAGGUCAUGUGGCGUUUCGGGGCUGCUGGCAGGUUUAAAGCAGCUGGGUGAAGCGGUCUCGAUGACGGCCGACAGGGUGUCACGAAGAGAAUAUCACUACUGGCUUAAGUGCAAAGAUGUCAAAGGCUCCGGAUUCUCCUGCUCGGUCCCGCUCCAGAUCAAGGUCCAGAUCCAGGUCUUACUCCAGAUCCCCAUCUAGAAGCCGUUCCCGAUCAAGAUCCAGAAAACGUCGCUAUAGUUCUAGGUCUCGCUCCCGCUCUCGUUCUCACUCUCCGUCCUACAGAAACUACCCAACCAGGGACUAUCAGAACAACAGAGGUGGGUUCAGAGGCUACAACCGAGGCUACCGGAGGCCCUUCCACUACCGCGGCAGAAACCGAGGCUACUACCAGCGCGGCCACUACCAGAACAGGGGAGGAGGUGGCGGCUAUGGCUAUAAGAACAAUUGGCAGGGUGGCGGUGGAGGAUGGCACGACCGCCACCAUGACCAGGACCACCACUCACACAGCCCCCGGAGGGGUCGCUCACGAUCCCGCACACCCAAGAAGCGUUCGGGCAGCCGAAGCCGCUCCCGCUUCUCUGACCGCUCCUCUUCAGGUAAAUCCCGACACUCCCGGCGCUCCAGCUACUCCUCGCGAUCCCGGUCCUCCUCGCCACGUCGCCGCGGCAGCAAAGGCAAGCCCGGUUCCAAGGACGGUAAAGAAAAGCUAGUAGAAAGUCAAGUAGAGAAAUCGGGUCAGGCAGCAGACGGCAGCGCCAUCGAGAAGGCAUCCGGAGGGAAAUGGAUCGACUAUGACGCCAGCCCCAAACGAGCCAGCCCAGACAGUAAGAAAGAGGAUGUUUCCACUAGUCCCGAGGGUAAAGGGCCCACGAGCGGCGGUCCUCUGUGGAAAACCAUCGGCAGCGUGUCCCCUCCGCCAAAAAGCCCCACAAAGUCGGGACAAACCGCCUCCUUCAGCGGCUUUGGGUUCUUCUCAAAGGAAGACCUCAAAGCUGGAGAUAAGACUGUGAUCUCUGCCGCCUUCAAAAAGUUCUUGGCUGAGAAUAAAAACAAAAAGCAGGCUGCUGAAAAGGAGAAUGGACGCGAUAAGGAGCAGAGCGCCACAGACAGAGAGCUAGAGAAAGGAAGCAAGUCCGGAGACCUUUUCAGCAUCUCGUCCACAUCUUACAGCGACUCCAAGGAAGACAAGACCAUGCCUUUCUUUGAUGCUGGAGAAGAGGAGUUCCUCAAGUCUCACGGGCUGAAAGAGAGGGACAUUGAGGAGGAGGGAGAGGUCAAACCCACCCUCACAGCUCGGGACAUUUUCGGUAAAUGGGGGGAUGAGCCAAGCUAUUCGACAUCCUACCCGUCAGUCAAAGAGAAGAGCCGGAGAGAAGAGCCAGAGCACUUAGAUCACAUGGAGGAGGAGUUGUACCGAAGCCGCAAGCACAGCUCCAAGAAAGAGGAGAAGUCCAAGAAGAAGGAGAAGAAAGAGAAGUCCAGAAGGAGUCCGUCCCCUCCCAUAAUCCCCAGAGAGAAGGAGCGGCCGCUGUUCCCUGGAGCUUUCCCUCCUCGCGAGGAGUCACCUGUACGACACAUGUCUGCAACAAGGGAGGAAUUUGACCUCAAAAUCAGUUCUUUAGAUGAAUUGCCCAGCUCUUCCCUGUCUAAAGAUCGCCUCCUGCCCCGAGAUCUGCUCAAUAAGAAAGAUCCAGAGUUUCGUUCCAUUUUCCAGCACAUUCAGUCAGCACAGCUCCGCCGCAGCCCCUCUGAGCUGUUUGCUCAGCACAUAGUCUCAAUUGUGCACUACAUCAAAGCUCAACACUUCAAAUCCGCAGACAUGACUUUGAGUGAGCGGUUUGCCAUGUACCAAAGAAAAGCUGCAGAGGUAGAAAUGAUGAAGCCAAGGAAGAGCCCAGAAAUCCACAGGAGAAUCGAUGUUUCCCCCAGUGCCUUUAAGAGGCACUCUCACCUGUUUGAGGAUAUGGAGGAGACGAGCUACAAGGAUCCAAGUCAAAAGUUCAAAGGCGACGUGAUGGACCUUCGCCUGGAUAUUGAAAGGCGUAAGAGGUUUGCUGGGAAGGACUACAAGCGUGAAGGGGGAAGGAGCCCUGGUGGCUCCCGAGGACCGAGCAGAGAGAGGUCCUCUGAGAAAUCUGGGAAACACCACAAGAAAUCCAAGAAGGGCAAAAAGAAGCGGGAUCGCUCUCCGUCCUCCUCUUCCUCUUCCUCCUCUCCAUCCCCGUAUCCUCCACCUUUCAAAGGUAAAGAGUACAUGGGAGAGGGGAUGGAGCACUCGGAGGAGGGCUACAGUCACUCACGUUAUCCUCCACGGGACUACAGUGGGCCCGCAGACAGAGCCCCUCGAGAUUACGAGGGCCACAACGCAGAGAGGGGCCGGGGCCGUGGAUUUUUCCCCAGAGUGAGAGGGAGAGGUUGGAACAGGGGAAAUUAUCCAGGCAACAACAGCAAUGGAAACCCUGCCAAUAUGAAUCCUCCAGUGCGCCCCCCAGAGGAGGAGUGGGACCCUGAAUACACUCCCAAGAGCAGGAAGUAUUACCUGGAUCGUCAACCUACUCAACAUAAUUUUCUGCCAAAGCAUGACGAUCGCGACGGAGAGAAAACCUGGGUAGACAACCGCGGAAGAGGCCGGGGCGCCUUCCCAGCUCGCCGGGGACGCUUCGUCUACCGGAAGGGAGGCAGCAGCCCGAAGUGGACCCACGACAUGUUCCAGGGGGGAGAAGAGGGGUCGCUGGGAGACGACAACCUAGAAGUAGACCGCAAGGAAACCAAGAACGCCGGAGACGGCGGCACCCCGAAGCAGUAGACGUCUCACUCCAUCACCCUACACGUAGACGAGCGUCUCACAGACGGUUACAGUGACGAUGAAGGGGUUAUUCUUGAUUUUCCCCUCCACGUCAUCUCAUCGUUUAAUGGUUAAAAUGUUCAGUUAGUUUGAGCCUUCUCACAGUUAAAGUGAAGAAAGAACUGACUUGAAUGAAGAGCAGCACUCUGUUACUUUUGUAUGUGAGGUUUCAGCUUAAUUUCAGAGUUUUUGUUUCGCAGCUGGUCGAUUAAUUGUAUCUUUUUAGGGGAGAAAUUACUGAGGCAACAAAGUUCAAAGUUCAAUAUUCUCUGAAGAGGUGGAGAAAAUAAGAAAUGCAUUUGUGCCUUAGAAAAUAACAAUAAUACAGUAAUGUGUUUGAAGGUACAGCCCCGGUUAUGAGAGGUGCAGCUCUGUACCUGUUUGUCAGCGUAGGAAGACAUUAGAUGAUGUCCAUUUCAUUGUUUAUGUUUUUCUGUUUGUGUUUUGGGGCUGUGCUAAACCGUUGAUGUUACUGCAUGAAAUGUUGGAUUCAUACCUUGCUCCACGGGACCAAUCAGUAGCGGGCUCAGGGCUCCUGAUCGUCUGGAUUAUCUCAAACGAGAAGUUACUAUCUGUUUUGAACCCCUGAACGAUUGGUGUUUGUCACUUAUAUUAUCCGAGCUUUUUCAUAUAGUGCCACUUCACCUGUACUUCUCAUUAGGAGGUAAAAAGACAGUUUUAUAUGUGCGUGCUACAGUAUAUUCUCAUUCAUUGUGGGUGUUUUUCAGUUUUAAAAAAACAAGUGUGAAUUGGCACCGAAAUCGCCUGAUUUUCAUGUUAAAACACAUGUAGGUUUUCUUCCUCUGUCAUAUCAAUUUAGGUAAGUGGCUACAUUUUUGUUUAGAUUUUUAAUAAAAAAAUGGAUGGUUAUUACAAAAGGUUAAUAUGUGAAUAGAAUUAUAAGACCUAAAUUAUUGUAAUCUUAACAUCUGGGGAGGGAAAAAAAACAAUAUGGUUCUUUUUUAAAACAGUCGCAGUAAUCGUCUCUCAAAAACAAUCUUCUGUCGGAGAACUUCGAACAUUAAAAAGUGAAGCGAAACCUGAGAAUUUGUGACAAAACUUUCUGUCAAAGGCAAAGAUGGAAGUGUUUUAUUUUUAAGAGGAGUCGACACAAACUAGUGUUGUGUGUCUCACUGUGCUGCUUCGUCCCACUUUGGACUGUACAUACUGCAUGUACUAAACUGAACUGUAGGACUGUCAUUUCUGUUUGUUUAAUCUGAAGCUGAAAACUUUUUUACUGUUCUCAAGAGCUUUGAAGUACUUGUCUCUUUCAUUUUCAAUAGGUUUUUUUUUCUUUGAUUCAGGGCAAUUCUGUGAGUGUGUUUUUAUUUUUGAGACCUACAAAUGAGCAGGCUGUAGAAACCCAGCCCCACUGUGUUAAAUGGUUUGUGAUUUACUUCAUUGUUUGGGGUCUGACGUACCCCGCUGCAGUCUGUGUACAAAUAUGAAUAGUUGCAAAAUCAAACAACUUUUUUUUCUCCUUCUGAUCUUAUUAAAAACCCAAUAUGUAUAAAA